CACUCUCUUUUCUCCUUCCACUGUCUUUUCUCCUCUCAUUCGAAUGAACCAUGGACUCAUAUAAAUACGUCCGAUCCUUCUCUCUUUCCAUUUUUUAUUCCUUCAUUCAACAGCUCAGCAGCACACCCAAUCCAGUCAUUUUUCACUUAUCACUAUUAUACUCGUUUAUUAAUACGCUUUCUCCCUACUCUCUACAACCCGUAAUUGAUCACCAUUCCAUUGCUUCUUCUUGCUCUCUAUCUCUGUCUCGCUCUCUCUCUCGAUUGCAUCACUUCUGCAUUUAGUUUCUGCCUCCUUUCUGCCCCUUUUCUUCUUAAUUUUUUCUCGAAUACAAUGUCGAUGGCUAUGUCGCUACCAAGUCCAGACACAAGUUGCGGCUCGCACCCACACCUGAGCCUCGUUAACUCGACAUCCGCGCCGAAACCCAUCCCCGCCAGCAACUACCUUUCCGAAGAAGAACGCGCUGGUUUUAUCGUCGCCUCCUCCACAAGAAGACCCUCGGUUCCACACUUCUACCCCGCCCCAGCCAUGUCUUCGCCUCCAUCGUCUGUCGCCUCCUCUCCUGAUGAGUCCGGGAUCCUCAACAGUGGCCAGCAUCCUUAUGGCUCUACUGCUAUUUCGCCAAUCUUGACCCCAUUCCAAUGGACGAGCGAUCUGCGCCAGUAUAUCAUGACCGAUAUCGGACCCCAGCCCUCAAACAGCCAGAUGCCAACACUCCGAAGCCAUUCACAUCUAGUCCGUCAGAUGUCGUGUUCAAAGAUCAGUCCUGUAGGGGGUGGAGCAUGUGGAAGCAAUAACAGCAACAGUGGUUCGAAUUCAACAACGGGGUCGGAGUCUGGUACUUCGACACCGAAUGGUGGAUACAGUCGAUAUUCAACCAUUACAGAUUUGUGCACUAUCCCGCAGGACGAGGUCUUGCCGCCGAUGGAAGUCCCACUUGAGCGGCGGUUCGCACAUGAGGAAUGGGACGAUGAGGACGAGUGAACGACGAGAAUCAAGCUCGUUUCCUACUUGCUUUUCUUCUUUUCUUUUUUUCUUUUUUCUUUUGAUAGUUGUCAAAGAGUCAGCAGAUAGCAAAUACGUAAAAUAAUAUGAAUUCUUGACACACAGCUGA